AUGCGCCAGGACAAGAUUCUGAUCCAGGGCUGUGACAGGCACGGCCGCGCGAUCGCCGUAUUCGUGGGCGGCCGCCAUGUACCAGGUGGCCUGGAGCCCCGGCCACUUGCCACCACCAGCAGUGGCGGCGCCGGCUCGCGGGAUCCAGCCGGAGCACCGAGUGACCAGCUUGAGGUGCAGCGGUUCUACUGCUACUGCGCAGACGCCACGCUGGCGGAGUGCGACCCGGUCAUCAACCCCGGGGGCAGGAGCGUGUUCAUCCUGGACGUGGGCGAGUUUGGGUGGAAAAAUGUGGACCUGCUGGGGGCAAAGACCCUCUUUGGCAUGAUUCAGGCCCACUACGUGGAGCGUCUGGCUGUGCUGUACGUCCACAACGCGGGGGCCGCCCUGUACCACCUGUACCGCCUGGUGUACCCCUUCAUAGACCCCGUGACGCGCGACAAGAUCGUGUUCCUGCCGCCAGACGCGGGGGCGGCCAGGGAGAUCCUGGCGCGCGACAUUGACCUGGCGCUGCUGCCGCCCAGCCUUGGCGGCAUCGGCAAGGCACGUUCGGUCCCCGAGGUGUGGGCCGAGAUCGACGCGCGGCGCGCGGCUGAAGUGGCAGGGGUGGCCGCGGCGGCCGCGGCGGCAGCCGACUCGUCGGACGACCUCACCGUGAACAUCGACGCCGCCGCCGCCCGCGCCAAGGGCGCUGCGGCGGCAAGAGGCCCCGCCGCGGCUGCCAAGCUCAACGCCGCGGCGGCUGUCGAGGUCGCCGCAUGA